AUGGCACUCUCAGGGAGAGACAUAGCACUCGCGGGCGUCGCGUGCUUCAUUGCCUGGGGGUAUGCAGUCAAUUGGUUCCCCGCCCUGCGCUGGGUCGCCCACGCCUUUGUGGCCGGCGUGCUGCUGACGCUGGCUGCGCUGCUCGCCCUCGUGUUGCUCAGCUCCCGCGGUCGCGAUCCGCUUCAACGCAAUACCUCCUCCCGCCGUCCCCGAGCUGCUGCUUUCCUCUCCCCGGACCUGUGGCCGACCGAAAUCGCCGCUCUCCGACAGCGCCAAACGUACACACGACCCUCGCUAUGCCCCGAUGCCCCGCAGCUCGCGGCUGCUCUCGACGAGAUCCUCGAGUACAUCAUCCGCGACUUCAUCAGUGUGUGGUAUGCACAUAUCAGCGCAAACCCGGUGUUCACCGACGAGGUGGACCGCGCGAUCCGUUAUGCCGUACUCCGGAUCUGCGACCGCCUACAGAGGCUGGACCUCGCCGAGGUACUAACCACACGCCUGGUUCCGAUCAUGACGGCACAUUUCCGCAACUUUUCAAACGCCGAACGUUCCGUGCGUGGUCGUAAGUUGAACCGGUCGGUUACCGAGACGGAGGAGCUGGACUUGGCGAUUGCUUCGAAGUACAAAGAUGGGAAGCUGCAUCCAGCCGCGAGCCUGGCGUUUUCAGAUACCAAGACGGCACAACAGGAUUACCUGCGGAAAACCAUGUCUAGGAUCGUGCCCAUCAUUCUACCCGAGAAGCUGCUCGCUUCAAGGGCCGUCUCGACGCUGGUUCGCGAGAUCACCUCGUGUGCAGUCAUGUUUCCCGUGAUGCAGAUGCUGUCUGACCCGGACACCUGGAACCAGCUGAUGGAAAAUUACGGGCGGGCUAUGCUUCAGGACCGGUCUACCGUUCGAAGGCUCCGAGCUGCUCUCGAUCAGCAUGCCUCACCGGCGCCGAAAACUAGCAAGCCUGUUGCCUUUCCCCGACUGACCCCGGCUGAUAGCGAGAGGAGAUUCGAAAAGUUCAUCAGGGCUAUUAGGAAGGUUAAUAACCUUUCGGACGCAAGACGCUUUCGAAGCGAGGUGGCCAGCCAGCUCAAGAGGGACUCACAGCAAGAGAAUGCGGAUCAGGUCUAUUUGAGGCGUUUGGAAAUGGGGAAAAGGAUACUAGAUCAACGAGUUCAACACUUGGCUGCAGGGGGUGGUCGAAGGCCGAUUCCACAACAACCCGAAAUCACCGUCCCGACCCAGUCUAGGCUCGAACAUGCCUCGCUCGCCGACCUACUCCGGGACCCGUCGACAUUAUCUUACUUUAUGGAGUACAUGGAUCGACAGCGACUCAUGCCUAUGGUCCAGUUCUGGCUCGUGGUAGAUGGUUUUCGGAAUCCACUCGAGGACGACGGACCGGGAGGGGAACAACUCCCGCUACAGUUACCCCCCUGGACAGAAUCGGACAGGCUCGAUCUUGCUCAGAUCGAUGCUGCUUACCUCAGUCGACCCGAACUUAAGGUGCCUGAUUCUUCAAAACGUAUCAUCCAGGAAUUCCUCAAAAGCGGCAAACGCGCCACGCCCGAGCAGUACUACAGAGCACGGAGAGAAAUCCUCCGCGCACAGAGUGCAGUGUUGGAGGAAAUGCGUGUGAAACACCUCCAUGGCUUCAAACAAUCCGACUUGUUCUUCAAGGCCCUAGCCGCCGAAGAAGCGUCCAAGCGUACCGCCAUGUCGACUGCAGUGGCGCCCAGUCCCGUGUCGCCUAUCGCCAGGAGCACCUCAUACCACAACCCAUCCUCUAAGCCGACUCCGGUUACCCGUAUCGCCCCAAGACUACGCCCCCCCGUUAACAGGCGCGCCUUGUCAAGUUCGGACCUCGCCAUCGUAAACACUAAUGGCCCUACCGAAUUUGACCCGCGGACCGUUACGGGCGAGCCGCAUUCCCCGCCUCCACUGUUUGAUGACGAUGAAGGGGCCGAUGAUACCCUUGGCGAUUCCGCACUCCUCGAUUCUGUGGCUAGCCUCGACCAAGACGCGAACGGCGCCCCUCCGUUGCCGGACACCAAAGUCGUGCAGGCUAUGGAACAAGCACUGAAUAACAUCAUGGAGGAGAGCCGACCGCCCACGGCGGAGGAUUUGCGGGCAUCAUUGUUUGACGAUGAACCAGUGGAGUCGACAAGCAGUCUCUUCUCUACUGCUGAAAGCGCAAACAAGCAGAGAGCGUCGCCAACACCAACACCGUUGCCUGCGCCCAGGUCUGCUAGAGGCUCAGUUGAUCUCACCAGGUCUAGCGGGGGUUCUCUGGACCUCCUUCGGCCUACAGAACAGCCACGUUCAAGCCGGGGGUCGUUCGAUACCCGUCGCUCCGGUGAACUCCCGCGGCUGAGGAGUUCGUUAGAUGUCGACCGACCGGGCAAGGGGCAAGAGAAACCCAGCCUAGCUUCUUUAGGUUUGGUGAGCGCGGCUUCGCGCAUCGGGGUUUUUGUGGACGACGACCUCUUUGGGGACGAAAACAGAUUCCUCUCCGACGAGCCCUCAGAUCUAGACGACGACGGAAAGGAUGAUGACGCGGAUGCCGUCCAUCAGGCCGCCCCAGGCGAUCUCGGCCUGGCGGAAGCAAUUACAGUACUGACGUACGACAUCGACAAGCUGGUCGCACAAGAAGCCGUGGUUGAUUCACUCCUGAAAAAGGCAGAGUUAACCAAUAACACCGCUGAGCUGCGCAUCCUGCGCAAGUCCAAAGCCAGCCUACAACGCGAGAUUCGACGUAAAGAGUUGCAGCGGCAGCAAUACGUCAUCCAAGAGAGCGACAACAGCCUGUACGGGCGCUCGACUGUCCAGAUCAAAUCAAUUCGGCUUGACCGCGAGGAGGAUGGGAAAGAGGUCGCCUUCUAUGCCAUUGAAGUUUCCCGCAAUGCCGGCGAACGCAUGCCUGCCGCCACAUGGGUCGUCACGCGCCGAUACAGCGAGUUUCUCGAACUGCACCAAAACCUCCGCUCGCGCUACCCCUCCGUGCGUAACUUGGACUUCCCUCGCCGCCGCGUCGUAUUGAAGCUGCAGAGCGAGUUCCUCCAAAAACGUCGCGUGGCCCUGGAAAAGUACCUCAGCGAGCUGCUUUUGCUACCCGACGUCUGCCGAAGCCGGGAUCUACGCGCCUUUUUGUCACAAAGUGUCAUAACCUCAGCUCACCUGGGUCCUGGAGGGCCAGAACAUGAUGAGGCGAGCAUCAAGAAGGACAUGAUCACGCGACUGUAUGAUUCGGUCGCCGACGGCAUGGAGGACAUUCUGGGGAACAUCCCCGUACUCGAUCAACUCUCGCUCGCCGGACAGAACCUGAUCGCUGCCGCAACCAGCCAGCUUGGCAACGUGCCACUAGCUGCACUCACCGAAGGCGACGCCUCGGCUGCAAAUGGUGUUGCUAGUACCGGCGGCAUGAACACUGCCGAGGCCGAAGCCGAGCUCAAUGCGUUCGAGAACGCUAACGGAAAUGGACCUGGAAGCGCCACCGCCGCCAAAGACUCACCCCUCGCCUUGGAAGAACCCGAACCCUUUGUGAAGCCCAUCUGCGACAUCUUCCUUGAGGUCUUCGAGCUCAACCGCGGCAACAAUUGGUUGCGCGGACGCGCUGUGGUCGUCGUCUUGCACCAGCUUUUAGGCGGCACUAUCGAGCGCAAGCUGCGCGAGAACGUGCGAGCGCUCGUGCAGGAAGAUGCGCUUGUCAAAUAUAUCGGGCUGCUGAAGCAAGCGAUGUGGCCGGGUGGGAGGCAAUUCCCGCCAAAGGAUAGGGUGCCCAGAACCAACGCGGAGAAGGCGAGGACACGGACGGAGGCCGGACUGAUGCUGGCAACGCUUGUGCCGGAUUUGGUGGGGAGUGUGGUAGGCAGGGUGAAUGCGCAGGGGGCGAGUCGGCGGGUGUUUGCGGCGUUUAAUAACGCGCGGUUGAAUGCGCACCUUGCUUUUACGUUGCUGGAUGAAGUGGUUGAUAUCCUGUUCGAUGAGUCGUAG